AUGAAUAGAUCAAUAGUGCUGAUGACGAUUGUGGUCGCACUUUGCUUCUGCAUAUAUCAAACGGACGCUACAAGUAUACAGGGACCAGCAGGUAUCAAGGUCACUGGUGCAUCUGGUAAUGGAAAGCCUGGUGCUGUGUUGGACAAGUAUAGUAGAGACCCAGGUUUCAACUCUGCCAAGCCAAAGUUAAGAUACGAUUGGAGUCUCUGUCGACUACACGUCCACGACUCUGGCAUGAACUACAGAGGUUUCGCCGACUUCCAUCCCAGAGUCGAUGAGUUCACAACUCUAAGAAUCCCAUUGUCAAACAACAGUAUUCUAUUCAAUCCUAAUGUUACUAUUUGGUUAGAGUUCCAAGCAAAUGUGUCGACUGUUAACCAGGUGUACACAGAGGUUGAGAAUACUUAUUACUGUCCAAACGCUUCGACACCUGCCAAUGCGACCGCUCCACCACCUCCCCCAGCAGGCGUCGUCUGUAACGAGACAGUGACGUUCUAUAAGGUGAACGAGACGAUCGUGACCAACUUUACUACGUACGGCAACAUCACAUUGCCACCAAAACGUGUGUACUACUACGACCUGACGCGCCAACAAGGCUACACGCUGUUCUCAAUGACGGUGGUGCUCACCAUUGACAAGGGCGUGCUGGUCAACGCCCAAUGGGACGGCGACCGCGAUCACUCCAUCUGCAAGCAGUGCAACUACUGUCUGAUGAACCAGUGUGCGGCGCGUGCCAACACACUCAAGUGCGACCAAGAGGCAGGCUGUGCGCUAAAGAUAUUCGUGGCGUGGCAGGGCAAAGACAAGAAUGACAAACCUUGUAUCAGUAUCACAAAGGCACCGUCCAACUUUAGCAUGUACUCAUUCAAUCCCAUCUCACAGCUUGGUCUUGGUCUCAUCUCUGAUAUUCUUGGCAAGAUCGUUGGCAACACCAACAACCCCAACACAGCCUAA